GUCUGUUUCCUCUUCUCGUGGGGAACGUCACCAGCGACGUGUAGCCCAUGUGGGGCCACGUUAUGUCCUGUUAGCCGGUCUCUGUGUGGAAGGACACGCUCCGGGGCUGAGUGUGCGUGCGUGUGGGAGUAGCUGCCUGGCCCUGGCUCUGUCUUACCUCUUCAAUUAACACACACACACACUGUAAUGGUUCAUCUCGUCCAAUCCUGUGGUAUUAUUUGCGUAUGGCAUAAAGAACAACUUCUUGUGAACAAUGAGUGGGGAGCCUGAUGCACUAGCCGUUGUUAAUCAGCUGCGAGACUUGGCCUCCGAUCCCUUAAACCGCCGAGCCAUAGUACAGGAUCAAGGAUGUCUCCCAGGCCUCAUUUUAUUCCUUGACCAUCCCAAUCCGCAAGUUGUUUACUCUGCAUUACUGGCUCUCCGGUAUUUGGCAGAAUGUCGCUCCAACAGAGAGAAGAUGAGAUGCGAGCUGGGAAUGAUGCUAAGCUUGCAAAAUGUCAUUCAAAAGACUACUACACCUGGGGACACCCAGCUUCUUGCUACUGAAGUCUACGAUCUUCUGCAAUCAUCCAGCACAGCAGAUGGUGAUAGUAUGAAUGAGAUGAACUCACGAAGGCGGAAGGCCCAGUUCUUUCUUGGAACAACGAAUAAACGUGCCAAAACUGUGGUCUUGCAUAUUGAUGGCCUUGAUGAUACAUGUUUAUCUCCCCAGUCACGAAGGAGUCUCUGUGAAGAUGCCCUCUUGAAAAUCAAAGGAGUCAUUAGCUUUACAUUUCAAAUGGCUGUACAAAGAUGUGUGGUCCGAAUCCGCUCAGACCUAAAAGCAGAGGCAUUGGCAACAGCGAUCGCAUCUACCAAAGUGAUGAAAGCUCAGCAAGUAGUGAAAGGCGAUACCGGAGAAGAGGUAGGAUAUUUGCUGGUUCCAUUUCAAGACACCCCUGUAGAUGUGGAGCAGAACACAGAUUUACCAGACUACCUACCGGAAGAUGAAAGCCCUAUGAAGGAACAGGAUAAGGCAGUGUCCCGUGUUGGGACACACAUGGACAGUGGAAGUAAUUGGCUCAGCACUGCAGCAAACUUUUUAUCUAGAUCCUUCUACUGGUGACAAGGAGUCAGUGAGCAAAGACUGCAACGAGAGCUGAAGAAAUCUUUCCAUCAUCCCAGUGAAGUGCAAUUUGCAAUAAAAUACUGCACAUAAAAAGUUCUAAACCAUACAAAUAAUGCUGUGUUCCACACGUACAGUAAAAGAACUCGUAAAGCAACAUCAUGGCUAAAGGUCACAGCGUGUUGCUUCAUUCUAUAAUGCGUUGCCUCACUUUGUACAUGGGUCCACCCUAUGCUACUGCUGUCAUGUUAUAAGCCAAAUACUUGUGAUAGUGAACACUCAUAAGUGUCUGAUUCAGCCUUAAGGUCACUGGUAUGUUUAAUACACAGGAAUUCUCUCAUCACCUCAAUACUCAGGACCUUUAUCCUUAUUCUGAUUAGAGAUACAUGCAUGAAUGCCUUUUAGGAAAUGUUGGGUUAUUUUUUUAUUUGAUGGUUUUUAUUUUUUUUUGCCUUAAAAGAAGUAUUUGUUUUCUGUGGUACUUACUGUUAUCAGCAACACCACCUCACAUUCUUAUUAUAUUUUGUCACAAAAAAUGGAAACUUUCCCAAGUAUUUAUAUCUUCAACAUCAUAGAGAAGUUAUGAUUUCCCCCAUGUGCUGAUGCAGACUUAGUAUUAGCGGCAACAGUGCUUGAGGAUUCGAAACUUAUACUUAGAAUGAAAACCACAUCAUAGUUUCCAUCAGCCAGACAACUUUAGUUGUGAUUGAAGUUGUUCUUAAGAAAGAAUCAUGUUACCCGCUAAUAUUGAAAGCGCCUCACUGAAUCCAGUAGGAAACAUGAACAGAAAUCUGCAGAAACUGUAAUGGUCUUGAACAAGGUAAAAGGAUAAGUCGGUUGAUCUUGUAAUAAAUAAGAACCACUAUUGUUGAAAAAUAAAAUAAAAAUUGAACUUGUAAAAUUCCAUCUGUUGCCUGCAAUAUACCACGGUGCCAGUUUUCUUUAAAGAGCUUAUGCUGUCCCUUGAAAGGCGUACAUACAUUUUCUUUCCCCCUCUGUUAACAAUAGCAGUGAUUUUAUAUUUGCAAAUGUUUGUAAUAAUAAAACAAGGGUGAGGUGUACUGUAGAUGUACGGACCUGGAAUUGUGCUGCACAAUUGGUUUGUGUUUAUGUAAUGGUAGUUUGAUCACUAGGAAUAUAAAAGGUUUUGCAAGGUGCUGUGCCUGUCACAGGUGCAUGGAAGUUAUGUGUCUAUUUGGGUAAUACAGUGUGCUAAAAUACUGGUUAUUGGCCAUGAAAGCUAGGUCGUCUGUCUCUUGUAUUUUCCUCUGUUAUACAUUGUGGAUGCCAUGAUUAUAUUCAGAUCUGGGAUUGUUAUUUGAAGAUAUCUGAGGUAUCGGGUGGUAUACCGGCGCCAGAAUUCACUCAGCAUAACGACACCGUUUCUCCCUCUUGGGGGUCCGCGACCCCCGUGGAGGGAGAAUAGAUACGUGCGGCACCGUGCCCGCAGCGUGGUGAGCUCAGCGAGCCCGCAAGGGGCUCAUUUGCGCUCACCCAGCUGUCUGUAUGCCAGCGGUUGGGAUUCCGGCGCCAAUAUGCUGGCAUACAAUACUACACCCGAUGUAUCUGUUUGGUUAUGAAACAGCUAAUAGGCAGGACUCGUGCCAUCCCACGUUCUGUGUGAUACUCGGUUAAGACUGAAUGUUUCAGUUAUAAAUUGCUUUUCUGUCCCUACAUAGCUGUAAUGGCAACAUUUUCUACCUAAAGUUAUCACAACUACAUUUUCUUUAGGUUUUCAGAUUUUAGGUUUUGCAGUUUAAAGCAAAAAAAUCUGGUUGUUUAUACAGAACCAUCAGACGCACACGUAGUGGAAGCAACCUAAUAAUAGGCUGUCAAUAUUCUCUGUAUCAGUCCAUUAGGAACAUGCACUUCAGUGGUGACACUAAUUCCUACUGUACCGAUUCUCAGGAAUGGCUACACAAUGGCUGCAUCCACUGUAUGGGACAGGACCGGUGUAACUGGCACUUUAAAGGGGUUGUAUCAACUAGAGCAAAUGAGUCUGAUUGCAAAGUUACUAAGGGGUCUAUUUACUAAGCCUUGGAUGGAGAUAAAGUACCAGCCAAUAGACUUCUAAUUCAUUUUUCAAUCACAGCCUGUGGCAUGGCAGUUAGGAGCUGAUUGGCUGGUACUUUAUCUCCAUCCAAGGCUUAGUAAAUAGACCCCUAUAUUUUGAGCACAUAUGAAUCUGUAUUUGGCUGAAAGAUCAGUAAUGGGCAUGUAGUGAAAGAACUUGGGUUUUGGGGAUUGUUUAUAGGCCAUUUAAUCCUAACCUCUGUCACUUAGUGAAUAAGCUCUAUUUCAAGUACUGGAGUAUAACAAAAUCUUGUGAGAUUAAGGGGUAUAUUUACAAAUUGUCUGCAGAUUUGCCCCCCAAAAAAUGAAGACGCAUAAUAAUAUUGCCGUUUUAAUUUCUGCAGGCAAAAGAUUGGCGCUUCUGAAAAGUAAAUAUACCUCCAAGACCAAUAUGAUUAAAGUGUGUGUUCUGUAUUAUUGUCCAGAUAGAAGACCUCAAACAGGGCAUUGUAAUUGGUAUACGGCUUUAUUUGUAAUUGCUUACUGAAACAUACUAGUGCAUUGUUAACCUUUAGCAUUUUAAAUAAAGAUCUGUAUAAUGUUUCUGUAAAAUGAGCUACACAUUGGUACUUACUGCUAGUGGAUAUAUUUUCCCCAAUAUAUAAACAUGCUCUGGCAACAAAACAUAUAAACAUACGGACUAAAGACGCAUGCUGUCCACAGUAAUGAUUCCUUUUAGAACAACAUUAAGAAAAUGUUCUUGAAUGCCUGUAACAUCUUCAGUAGCCAGAGAUGCGUCUUGUGCAGCUGUACAGAUACGUCACCACUGUUUGCAGGAUUGCACUUCAGCCUUUUUAAAUCCCUGCUAUUAUUUGUGCAUCAUCGAAACAGUGGUGAUAACUAAUAAUCUGAUUUAUUUUUUACCCCUUUCUCUUACAUUCACCAAAAAAUGUGUUGUCUGCUAUUGCUGCUCUAACAGUGGAAGCCGCCUGUAAACUACAUUUUGAAAUAUGUUGUGUAAAAUAAAAAAAAUAGUCAAA